AUCUCCCUACUGAUCUCUGUCUCUGGUCUCAAAGAUUGACCCCCAUUUCUCCGUAUCGAAUACUUCAUGCUUUUCACUGAUCUUUCGAGAUGCUUGCGUUGUUUGCGAUGUAUGCGUCGAUGUUUCUGAGAUGUUAUGAGGUAAGAUGGCGAGAUUUUGAGUUUGCCAGUCGUAUUUUCGUCUAUAGACGCUUCGGGAUGUAGACGAGUUUAUAAAUGUUUCUUGAUUCGAAUGGUGUUUGACAUUUUUUUUUACUAAGUAUUACCACCCUGUACUCUUUUGGAGUUCAAUGUGAAAUUUACUUACAUACGUUUCAUUGUGUUUUAAAACACAUAUUGUGCUACGAUUCAUCCUGAUUUUCUGACAACGGAGGAACUUGAACGCAUCCAGUUACUUUUUUCUCAAUGGAAUAGCGAUGGUCGAGGGUGGUGAGGAAUAUGUUCUGCAUUGGCCUGGCCAUGCAGGACAUGUUACGGAAAGAUUCAGUGGUCUUCUAGCUCGACAAGCUUUAGUUGAUGUAACUCUUAUAUGCGAAGAACAAAAAUUACGUGUUCACAAGCUGGUACUUGCCUCCUGCAGCCUUUAUUUUGAGGAAAUGCUGGAACAAGAUCUGGGUCAAGAGCCAAUUAUAUUACUCAGUGACUUAAACUUUGAAAUACUGAAGGCUAUGGUUGAGUUUAUGUACUGUGGAGAAACCACUAUAUCUCAAGAGCACUUGCCAUCAUUAUUGGAAGCAGCAAAAAUAUUUAAGGUGAAGGAAUUAGCUUGUAUUGCUGGAACAAUAAUGGAUUCUCAAAAUGCUAUUGAAAAAUCGCAUACAAAGAUCAUCAGAGAUUCUUUGCAGAAGGCUGUUCAGGUACUCGAAUUUUCGGAAGCCACGUACGACGAUGAAGAUACUAAUAUCGGUGACGAAGAUAAUUGUGUUCAAGUAAGAGUUCAUCGAAAGUUAAGUAGUGAAAACCAUUUGGGACUUGAGUUCAAUGGAAACAGUGAUAUCGAUUCGGAUGGAAAUCAAUCUCCACAAAGUAGUACUACGAAUUGUGAUACAGAAAAUGACUUUGUCGAACAUACACUGUACGAAGAAACAUGCACAGCUAGAAAAAAAGAAACUAGCACAACAAUGAAAUCUGCAGUGCCACGUUCUCCUGUACUGAGACGAAACGAAAAACCCUUAAAGAAUUCAGAGUUUAAAGUAAAACAAAUGUCAAAAAUGUAUAAUCGUGUAGACAACCCGAUAGAACAUAUCGACAAUGAUAUAAAAUACAAUGGAGAUAGCAAAUUAGAACCAAUACUGUAUGAACAGUGCUGUGAUUUUUUUAAUACUGAGCAAACGCCCAUGUUAAUGUUGCCAUGUAAUCAAAAAAAAAUUGAAACCUUCACACAACAAGCAUCCGAGUUGACAGAUAUUCCCAGCAAAUUAGGAAAGGGUCUGAAAGUUUAUACACAUAAAAGACGCAAGUCAGCCGAUUCAUCCAGAAGUAAUUUGGCACAUUUUAAUAGUGCCACGCCUGAACUACCCACUGCCAAUUGCAUUGACUUACUAGAAGAGUCAUCGAAGAAUGAUACGCCAAUAACACUUUCAACAUCCCUAGAUAUGGAAAAUACGGAAUACAUAUUAAGCUUAAGUACUGAAAACAUAGAGACCGUAGUGGGUUGUACAAUAAGAGAUGCAAUUUGCCAAAAUGGCAACACUAGCGAACAUAACUCAGGUAUCAAACUGAAUGGUCAGAAGGAGAAAGCUCACGUAAAAAAUAAUACAAAAAUACGACAAAUGAACGAAUUAUUUUCCAUGGACAAUCAUAUAUUAAGCAUUGAAAAUUCAAACGGUGUUGUGUGUAAAACAAAUAUAUUAACAGUGCCUGCAUUGCGAAGAAGUACUCGAUUGAAUAAUCAGGACACUGAUGACUCGGUCAAUAACAAUGAUUUAACAUCAGACAUUCAACGAUCAAGAGAUAAGCAUACAGAUACAAGAAAAGAUCAUUCUAAUAGCACAACAGAGACGCUAAACAAACUAAAACGUAAAGUUAAAGAAUCGGAACAAAGGAUAUCCGAUGAAAAUACAAUGAAUUCAUUACAGAGCAAUAAAAGAAAUUCACACAAUACCCGUACGUUACGCAGCUCGUCAAAAUCAUUGAAAAAAAAUGCCAAUAAGUCUCGUUUGUCACUGGUCAAGAGUAACAAAAGCGAUCAAAGAUCAAGAAAUAAUAGCAGCAAAUUACGUUCUAGUAAAAUUGACAAAUUGGAGUACCUAGAAGUGCGCCCUUAUGUCCCUGCAAAAUUAAAUACCAUAGCUUCAGUGAAUCGUGCACUAUGGGGUGACAUGUCUGACAUAUUGGAAGAUCGUGAAACUGGUAUAGAGCUUCCAGAAUAUUCACCAAGUAAAGAGAUACCGUUCGCAGUUGGUUUGCUACCGUUACGUGCUGCAUUAGAAAGAAUGCAAGCAAUGCCGGAUUAUCAGCCACGAAAAACACGAUCGUCAGUGGCUCCUGUGAAGCAAGAAACAAAUGGUGGCAUUAAGAGAAAAAAUUCUGUGAGCAACGCCGACUCACCAAGCAGUACUAAGAGGACUAUAAGUACUGGUGGUACAAGUAAUGAAAACAGUAAUACCAUCUGCCAUAUUCAAAUCAGCACAACAUCUCCUCAAACAGUACGUAGUCGCAAAAGAUUACUUUCAGAAACUGGACCCACAGUGGAAUCGUCCAUUGUCGGUAAUAAACGAUGACACAAAUUAAACUCGGUAUUCCGACGAUUAUGUAGUAUUAGAUUAUAAUGAAUGAAUGGAAAAUUAUCUAGCCAUUCUAAUCCAUGUCGAUUUCAUUAAUUGUACAAAACAAUGUCACAUACUACUUCCAGUGAAAUAUCUUGUCUGCUCAAUAUUCACGUUUCUAUUUGAAUUUAUUGAAGAUGUACUCCGUUUUUGGGAGUCCAAAAUGAGCUUGUUACUUGCUAUAUUUAAAAUAUACAUAACUAUUCCAUAGUUGAAACAAAACAUUUGAAGUGUUAUAUAUUCAUUAGUGAAAUUUUGUGUCUACUGUAUAUCCUAAAGGUGCUAAACACCUCUUUGUCCUUUACACUUGUUCAGAAAUUUUUUAUGGACGAAUUUAAUUUUUUUGUGUUUCUUCUUUUCUAUCCUGAAACUAUUUUUCUAAUUUCUUUUCUACGUGGUGAAACUGGGAAAUUCUGUUGGAACGCCAAUAAUAUAUUGAGGAUGAACAAGUAUUAAGAACAUCUAAGCACAAUAAUAGUUGAAUUAUACAUUAGGAAGUUCCUGCACUAGGUACUAGCAGUUCUUGUUUUCUAUAUAUAUAUUAUUUCUGUAUAUACAUAUACAUAAUGAUGAUAACGGCGCAAAAGAGGUUUAAUUUACAAUUGAAAUAAUAUUUAUUUACAUGAAUUUCCCUUGCGCCAGUACGUUAGGAGAGAAUAUUUUUAUAGUUUCAAUAGGACCAUGAUCAGUCCUUAGAAUCCAUGUACGUGUGGAUAUCUCGACUAAAUUGUAUUUUAUUAGCUUUAGAGAAUAAGUUAAUGUAAAUAUUAAUAUUAUACCGGGAAUAAUAGAUUCAAUGCCUUAUAGGCUUAUAUAAGCUGGUAAUGAAAUAGCAAGUUCAAUCACAACUGUCAUAAUAUGGCUUAAAUCUCAAAAAUCCUAAUAUCAAUGUGAAACCUUAUGGUGCGAAUAUCAUUAUAUUCUUUUCUCUUCUUUAUUGCAUUAAAGCCUUGUUUUAACAGGCAUCUAAUUUAAUUAACUACCUCAAAAUAAUAUUAUGCAGUUGCUCUCAUUGUUUCUUGAUUUCAAUCUAAACUGCAUCAAUUAUUAUCACAUUGUAGUUCGAUGUUGAUUGAUGUAAAUUUAGUUUUUUCUUUUAAGUUAUCAAGAUCUGAAGAGAACAAUCGUAGCUCUUUAAACAUUUUUAGAAUGUGUACAAUACCGUUGCAUAAUAAAUAAGAGCAGCAUAGCUUGCUUUUAGAUUUAA